AUGGCGCAAAUCUUUGUCUUCGGUGACCAAACGGUCCGUGUGGACUCUAGCUUGCAAGAGUUACUGUAUUCCUGUCCCAAUACCACGCUGUCUGGGUUUCUAUCAGACAGUUACCAGGCCGUAAGAAACGAGAUAUCUCGUCUUCCAGCGAUCGAAAGGGGGUCGAUUCCUCAACCUGAGACCCUUGCGCUUCUUCUCGAUGCUUCUAGGAAAGGGAAGCGACAUCCUGCAUGGGACAGUGCGCUACUGUGUCUCUAUGAAAUUGGAGAGUAUAUCAGCCUCCAACUCGCUGGACCUCGGGAAGACUCUCAAAGCACCGACCAUGAGAGCCGCGUCUUAACUGGACUGUGCACUGGAUCUCUCGCAGCCGCCGCUAUCAGCUGCUCUCAAUCGGUCAUUGACUUGGCUCGACUAGGCAUUGAGUCGGUGGUUGUGGCCUUUUGGGUUGGGAUGCAUGCAUCUCGCAAAGCCAAAGUCUUGGCCUCUUCGAAUAAACCAUGGGCUAUGACAAUAGCCGGAGUCACUUUGACAGAGUUUGAGAAGGACAUUCAGCCGUCUUGGAAAGCCUUGAGACUGUCAGUCACAAUGACACCCUAUCUAAGUGCUGUCAGCUCUCACUCGGUCACUAUCAGUGGUCCACCGCACAUUCUUGAGGCUUUGCAGAGUUUUCCAACCUUGGAAGGGAAGAAGACAUACCUCUUACCAAUAUACGCACCGUAUCAUGCCCCACAUCUGUAUGUUGCCGAUGACGUUGAGGCAGUCAUAAGUUCAAUCUCUCGAAAGCUCUCAAUCGACAUCGUGCAGCAGAUCCCAAUCAUCUCCAGUGCAACAGGAAAGUUUCAGACGAAACAAAAUUUCGGAGUUCUUAUUCGCAGUCUGGUCCGAGAGAUUCUAUCCGAACAAGUACGGCUGGACCGACUGCUUGAUGGGAUAGCAGGGGGGACUUCCGGGAAGCCUGGUUCCUUGAUACCGAUCCACACACACGUUGGGUCAAGCAUGGUAUCAGCUUUGCAACAGAAAGGGGUCACCAUGAUCUGCAUAAACAAAAUUUCCUCCAAAGCAGAUACAUCUUCCACUAGUCACGAUGACUCGUCAAAGAUCGCAAUUAUUGGGUUCAGUGGCCGUUUCCCCGAAGCCGAAAAUUUGGACGAAUUCUGGAAAGUGCUGGAGCAGGGCCUUGACGUUCAUAAACCAAUUCCUCCGGACCGGUUUGAUGGGCAAGCACAUUAUGAUCCGACGCUUCAGAGAAAGAACACCAGUCGUAUCUUACAUGGCUGUUGGAUUCGCAACCCGGGGCAUUUUGAUGCACGCUUCUUCCAUUUCUCCCCUCGAGAAGCUAGUCAAGCUGAUCCAGCGCAAAGACUUGCCCUCUUGACGGCAUAUGAAGCAAUUGAAAUGGCUGGUUUGGUGCCCGAUCGAACAGCAUCAACUCAACGCCAUCGUGUUGGCGUCUACUACGGUACCACAAGCGAUGACUGGCGGGAGGUCAACAGUGGUCAGGACGUCGAUACCUACUUCAUCCCCGGAGGAAAUCGCGCCUUUAUUCCUGGUCGUCUUAACUACUUCUUCAAAUUCAGUGGACCUAGUGUCUCUGUGGAUACCGCCUGCUCUUCGAGUUUAGCGGCUAUCAACGUUGCGUGCACUGCUCUACUGAACCGAGAAUGCGACACAGCCCUUGCCGGAGGCACGAAUGUGAUGACCAACCCCGAUAAUUUUGCGGGCUUAGACCGAGGUCAUUUCCUGUCGACCACGGGCAAUUGCAAGACAUUCGAUGAUGGUGCAGAUGGAUACUGUCGUGCGGAUGGUGUGGGAUCUGUUGUCCUGAAGCGUCUCUCCGACGCGAUUGCUGACAAGGACCCUAUUUUUGGUGUGAUUCGAGGCACCCACACAUCGCACUCGGCAGAAGCUGUCUCUAUAACUCGGCCAUUGGCUGAUGCACAAGAAUACCUAUUUCGACAAAUUCUGAGCGAGACGGGCAUACAUCCGCAUGAGAUCAGCUAUAUCGAGAUGCACGGCACAGGCACUCAAGCUGGGGACGCCGUGGAAAUGAAGUCUGUUCUUGACACUUUCGCAUGGGACAAGAGUCGCCCACUUGGAAUGCCCUUGCACCUUGGCUCAGUCAAGUCCAAUGUUGGCCAUGGUGAAUCGGCCUCUGGAGUUACGGCACUGAUCAAAGUGUUGCUCAUGUUCCAGAAAAACCGCAUCCCUCCACACUGCGGUAUCAAGACGAAGAUUAAUCAUGGUUUCCCUACCGAUCUCAAUGAGCGCAAUGUCCAUAUUGCUUUGAAGGAGAAGGAGUGGCCAUUCUCGAAAAAGGCUAUCCGUCGAGCAUUUGUCAACAACUUCUCAGCCGCCGGUGGUAAUACUGCUGUCUUGGUGGAAGAAGCCGCCGCUGUAGACAGUUCUGACGAAAAAGACCCACGCAAACAUCAUGUUGUGGCCAUUUCUGCUCGAUCGUCAAAGUCUCUGAAGCAGAAUCUGCUGGCUCUUGCAGACUUCAUUGGCUCUGAAACACGUGCAGAGGUUUUAGCACAACUAUCUUAUACAACAACUGCCCGGCGAAUGCACCACUCCAGACGUGUCGCUGUUUCCGGUAGCGAAUUGUCUCAGAUCAAGCGCCGUCUUCUAGACCUUGCAUCUGAAGAUAUCAACCCAAACUCCUCAAAGCCACUUGGUGCAGGCUUUCUACUCACGGGCCAGGGGGCACAGCAAACGGCAAUGGCGCAGCAAUUGUACCAACACAUCUUCUCUUUCCGGACGGAUAUCAACAAUUUCGAUGCCCUUAGCAAGGCUCACGGAUUCCCCUCUUCUCUUCCUUUAAUCACAGGUUCGAUCAGGAUCGAAGAUUUGUCACCGACUAUCAUCCAGCUUGGUACUGUCAUGAUCCAGAUGGCCUUAGCACGGCUCUGGCAGAGCUGGGGCAUUGUACCACAGUAUGUGCUGGGUCAUAGCCUUGGAGAAUUUGCAGCCAUUCAAGUUGCUGGUAUCUUGAGCGUAAGCGACACCAUCUAUUUGACCGGUUCGCGGGCACAGCUUUUGGAGACCCUUUGUACCCCUGGAUCUCAUGGAAUGCUCGCUGUCAAAAGCUCGGUGUCCCACCUACAGAAGAUUCUCCAGAAUCUACCCCAUGAAGUGGCCUGCAUCAAUGGACCGCAGGACACAGUUCUCAGUGGUUCAAACCUUGAGAUUGACAAAAUUUGCCAAAGACUAUCUGAAGCUGGACUUCAAAGUACCAAGCUUACCCUUCCGUUUGCAUUCCACUCUUGCCAGGUUGAUCCAGUGCUCGACGGUCUAGAAGAGAUUGCUGAGCAGCUGUCUUUUCAGCAGCCCAAGAUUCCCUUUGUGUCAACCUUACUAGGAAAGGUCAUCCAAGAACAAGGAGUUGUCGACUCCGAAUACAUUCGGCGGCAUUGUCGCGAGACUGUCCGCUUCCUUCAGGCCGUUGAGUCCGCCAAAUCUAUCGGUGUCAUUGACACGAAGGGAUUUGCAGUCGAGCUUGGUACUCAUCCAAUUCUUACGCGAAUGAUUCAGAAUAUAAUGACUCCGGACUUCCGAGCUUGUCCAUCUCUGAGACGCAAUGAGGAUGCUUUCAAGACCCUUUCAGAGUCGUUGAGCGUUUUGCACUCCGGUGGGAUACACAUCAACUGGGAUGAAUAUCAUCGCGAUUUCUCAAUGAGCCACCGAGUAAUCGCGCUUCCUUCGUACAAAUGGGACCUUGAGAACUACUGGAUCCAAUACAGGAAUAAUUUUUGUCUCACGAAAGGCAGCUCAGAGGCGACCAUCUCGCUGGAUCGGCCAAGUCCGGCUUCUUCCCGAAUCAGCGCGUCGGUGCAGAGAAUUAUUGAGGAGAAGAUAACGGAUCAAACUGCACACAUUGUCAUCGAAUCCGACUUCCAUGACCCAGAACUUCUGCCAGUCGCUCUGGGUCACAAGGUCAAUGGGCUCAUUUUGUGCCCAUCGUCCCUUUAUGCUGAUGUUGCCUAUACUUUGGCAAUGUAUCUCGCCGAGAAACGAGGGGGUGACCAACAACUUGCUCCCGACGUGGCAGACAUGGCUGUGGAAAAAGCCCUUGUUAUUAAGGAGAACGGCCCGCAAUCCUUCCGAGCUGUUUUGGAUUUUGACUGGAGCACCCAUCGCGGAAUAAUGGAAAUCUACAGCAUCGACAUCUCUGGCAAGCGGACUAUUGAUCACUGCCGUUGCACGAUCGAUCUGCAAGAUCCCAGAAUAUGGCGAGAGACAUGGCUACGACAGCAGUAUCUCAUCCAACGCAGUAUUGACACACUUCGGAAAGGUGUUGACACGGGAUCAGUGCACAAAGUGCACCAAGGUCUUGCUUAUCGCCUAUUUUCAUCCGUUGUUGAAUAUGAUUCUUCCUAUCGGGGUAUGCAGGAGGUCAUAUUUGACAGCGCCGAGCUGGAGGCAACAGCCAAAGUGUGCCUUCAACAAAGUCAAGGAGAGUACAAGUUGAACCCCUUCUGGUGCGAUAGCUUUGGGCACCUGACAGGCUUUGUCAUGAAUUCAAACGACACUCUCAAUUCCAAUGACUUUGUCUUCGUCAACCACGGCUGGAGCUUCAUGCGUGUUUCGGAAAGGUUCUCGGUCGAUCGCGUUUACCAAACUUAUGUCAAGAUGCAGCCUGUCAUCGACAAGGAGAACUUGUUCUCGGGAGACGUUUUUGUUCUUUCUGAUCAAGUCAUCGUGGCUCAUUAUGGUGCCGUCACUUUCCAGCGCGUUGCCCGUCGAAUCCUGGAAAUGUUGCUGCCAGCACCAAAACCGACUCUGCCUAGUUCCCGUGCAAGCCCAAAGACGUUCUCUGCCCCCAAGGCAAGCGCGAGACCCGAGACGCGGAGCAAAAAGAUAGAGGAUUCUAUGCCUACAGUCUGGGACAAAGUCCUCCAAGUAAUUGCAGACGAGAGUGGAAUUUCACUCGACCAGCUCACUGACGACGUGGAAUUCGCUAGCAUGGGGGUAGACUCUCUCAUGUCACUGACAAUUCUUGGAACAUUGCGUGAGUCCUUGCAUCUUGAUGCACCUCCAUCACUGUUCGAGGAUUGUACAACUGUGCUCUCUUUGCGCAAAUAUCUGGGACUUUCUCUUUCUGCAGACAGUUGUGAUUCCGCCAGUGUCACAUCAAGUGAAAACGACACGACUGCCACCUCUCCCCUUGCAAGUGAUGAAGAACCGAUGCCUGAUUCUGGGGUCAAUAGCCUUGAUACUACUGUGGAAUUGAUUCUUUCAGUGUUGGCCCAGGAGGUUGGCAUCAGUACUAAGGAAUUGGCCAAGGUUGACGAUUUUGCUGAAGUAGGAGUAGAUUCUCUGCUAUCAUUACUGACACUGGGUCGUCUACGCGAGGAAAUGGGCUUGGAUCUGUCUCCUGAUUUCUUCAUGGAAUGCACCAACGCUGCUGCUGCGAGGAAGGCUCUCCAAAUUACCCUGGGAGUACCGGACAAGAUCCCUGCUCAAUUCAGUGCUGCCUCUGAGAUCACCCUCGUUCAAAACCAUCCAUCGGCGACAUCAAUUCUCCUACAGGGUCGAUCCUCCUGCUCACAGACGCUUUUCCUCUUCCCCGAUGGAUCCGGCUCUUCAACUUCAUACGCCUCGCUCCCCAACAUCGCUCCCGGACUACGUGUCUAUGGGCUGAACUGCCCCUACAUGCGCAAACCACAAGAUCUGAAAUGCGCUUUGCAAGAUCUGACACCUUCAUACGUUGCUGAAAUCCGCCGCCGUCAGUCCACGGGCCCCUAUAAUCUAGCAGGGUGGUCUGCCGGCGGAAUCGCCGCUUACGACGCGGCUCAAUACCUUGUCCAACAAGGCGAAGUCGUUGAGCGACUUAUUCUCCUGGACUCACCCAAUCCAAUUGGCCUCGACAAGCUCCCGCCACGUUUUUACCACUUCCUUGAAAAGGCAGGGGUUUUUGGCGCACAUGGUGGACAGACUCCUCCCACGUGGCUGAUCCAGCAUUUCCUCGCUUUCAUCGAUGCCCUGGACGCCUGGCGCCCGAUUCCGUUUAAGCCGGCUUCCGCCGUGCCCCGAACCACUAUAAUCUGGGCCCGGGAUGGGGUUUGCAAGUUGCCUAGUGACCCUCGGCCUGAGCCGGAAAGUGAUGAUCCGAAGGAAAUGGGGUGGCUGCUGGAGAAUCGCACAGACUUGGGGCCAAAUGGAUGGGACCAGCUUGUUGGGCAGGCCAUACGGAUCGAAAGCAUCGAGAAUGCCAACCAUUUCACGAUGGUUCGGGAGCCUGCAGCGACAAAGCUUUCGGAGAUCAUUGGCAAAGUCAUGUCGGAUUGAUUGGUCAUAUGUUAUUCUGGCAAGGGAAUGAAGGAGAACAAGGAUUACACGAGGGCCGAU